AUGACGAAGGCAGAGCGGCGGCAACAGCAAGAGAAGCAGCGCGCUGCAAAGGCAGCAUCACAACCUGAUGGGGGAGGGAGCACUAAGGAUGGCCAACAAGCAAAGAAGAGCGGACAACAAGGCGGCCAAACUGCAGACCAGAACGCUCCUCGGACUCCUCAGGGGCAACAUAGCGCUGGUCGGGGCACCAGCGUUCCAGAUGCAUCAAGCGUUCCUACAGAAAAGAGGGCCAAGGAGGCCAUCCCUCCACCAUCCGCCCCGACUCAUUCGCGUCUGUUUCCUCAUCUACGCCUCCCUAAGGCUGACAUUCUGGCUGCUGCUUCGGUUCCUGGCACCUCGAAAGCCGAAAUCCAUCCUUCCGUGCUCCGUCUCGCGCUGCAGUUCAGCUCUUUCAAGAUCACUGGAGGGAAUGCGCGCUGUAUUGCAACUCUUACUGCCCUGAAGACUGUGAUCAACUCCUAUUCCACUCCUUCCGGAACUACCUUAUCCCGACACCUCAUGACAUACCUCUCUCCCCAAAUCUCGCAUCUAGUUACUGCACGACCUAUGAGUGCUAGCAUGGGAAAUGCCAUCAGGUGGUUGAAAUACGAAGUCUCUGUACUUUCCAUUGAUCUUCCGGAACAAGAUGCAAAGGACCACCUAUGCGAACGCAUAGACACGUAUAUACGAGACCGGAUCACUGUUGCGGAUCGUGUGAUCGAGGAUCAUGCAAUGGAGAAGAUUCACGAUGGUGAUGUUAUACUCACCUAUGCGAGGUCAUCAUCUGUCGAAAAGGUGCUCAGGGCAGCGCACGAGGCGAAGAUCGUAUUCAGUGUCGUGGUUGUCGACUGUGAUCCUCUCUUCGAGGGAAAAGCGCUCGUGGCUGCCUUGCCCCCUGGUCUGUCUGUGUCCUAUGUACUCCUGGGUUCGUUGUCGCCAGUUCUGCCUACUGUAUCGCUUUGUCUCUUUGGCGCUCAUUCACUCCUCGCCAACGGAGGUUUAUACUCGAGAGCGGGCACAGCGAGUGUUGCUAUGAUGGCACGCGGGAGGAAUAUCCCGGUUCUUGUAUGCUGCGAGACCUACAAGUUCAGCGAGAAGGUCUGGGGAGACGGUGUAACCCACAAUGAAUUGGCGAUAGCGCCGACUACCUCGCCAUUGGCACCUGCCCCGACGGUCUCUUUGGAGCAUAUAAAUCUCUUAUACGACUUGACGCCGGCCUCCUAUAUCACUGCGGUCGUAACCGAAGUUGGUCUCAUUCCCCCCAGUUCGGUGCCCACCGUCUUGUUCCGCCAGGGAGUCACAGCGUCUCAGGGUCUCUAG